CCCGGGGCCGCGGGGCGGGCCGAGCCGAGCCAGGCCGCCCGCUCGGGCCUUGCGUGCUCGGGCCUGGCGGCGCCGGGAGCAGGGCCGAUGGAGGCGGCGGGCGGCGGCGGGGCGGCGGGGGGCGGCAUCGCCCUGCACGACUUCAGCGGGCAGCUGGGCGAGCAGCGGGUGCACUUCCACGCCAUGCGGCUGCGGGACUCGCUCUUCCUCUGGGUGGGCGCCGCGCCCGCCCUCGCCAGCCUGGCCGUGGCCAUGUGCAGCCCCCGUGACAGCAUCCCAGUGGCCGCCUCGCUCCUGGGGGACCCUUCCGACACCGCCUCCUCCUGCCUGGCGCAGCGCUUGGCCAGCAAGACCAAAAAACAGAUAUUUGUCAGCUACAAUCUUCAAAACACAGACAGCAAUUUCACCUUACUCAUAGAAAACAGGAUCAAAGAAGAAAUGAUGGCUUUUCCAGAGAAGUUCUGACUUUGCAUCAUUGUAAAAUAAGAUGAAUUUUUUCAGAAAAACUGAUUGAAAUUUUCACACUGACAUUAAAUUAGUAUAUUUGUUUUGUAUUAUUUUGAUUGCAUUUGUGGUUGUUAUUAAAUAUAGAUGGACAUAGAUACAAUUGGACCUGGAAUAUAACAUUUGAAUUUGAAAUUUCAAAGCAAAAUUUUUUUGCUACCCUGUUAAGUAGGAUAGCAAAUGGAUGCUACAAUUGAUGAAGAUCAUUGUACAAAUGCAUGCAGUGUCUGGCCUCCAUGCAGUACUGGGAUCUGCUGGAAAAUCAGUUCCAAAAUAUAUCUGUACAGUUAAUCUACUGUGUACUAGCACUGAAUACAGUAGAGCAGCUUUUAGUGUUCAAAUAAAGAAAUCCCUCAUUUUUAUAUUGUAAA